AUUUUACAGCUGUGUGCUGUCUGGAGUUUCCAUGAUGAUUACAGUUUAGCUUCAUGAAUAUUGUGGGUCACUCAUAGUGCGCAAGUUUUGAAAUUACAGUCAGCUGAUCGAUAUCGGAUGAUCGAAUGUCGAAUGCUGAACAUAACUGGGGAUGAUAUUACUGAACUCCUUGGUUUUAUGAUCGACGCAGAUUUUAACGAACAAGUGACGAAAUAUUAUCCGAAGGAGACACAGCGGAUAAAUGAUAUUUGCAAUGCACUUUCAUUUGAGGACUGUCCUGCUGAUGUUUUAGAAAACUUGGAUGGCUACUUGUGCGGACAUUAUCCACCACUUAUUUCAAUCCCUCGUAUUCGGCAUUCGUCUAUAUCACUGGCAGACUUAGGCCAGCUCAUGCUUCAGUCCAAAUUCGCUCGCUGUCGAACACGAUUUGUGGUACCUUCGUUUUCAUUCCAACAAAAGUAUGUAUGCCGGUCUAGUACGUUAAGUGGACCAUUGGAAUUUUAUGGCCGCCAAGUUGCCACAGUUGCAGGUUUUACUUUUGAUGGGCACGUUGUCAAUCCCCCUUCAGGAGGAGAACUUCAGGACAUAAGUCUCGAGACAGAAAAUGGGCGUCAGAGUUUGGAGAAAUUGCGUGAUGAUGACUGCGAGUUGAUUCGACGUUUAAAUGUCACCUAUAUCUGUGAUUUUAUGUUAGAAUAUAGAAAAAUAAAAUGUUGGGUUCCCAUCAGCUCUUCAGAAAAAGUGGAUCAACAGGGACGCUACAAUGAUCUUAUAAUCAUUCCUCUACCUUAUCCUGGUAGUGAAUUCUUUCGUAUAUGGCGUGAUUCUGGUUAUGCAAUGCGCAAUUUAUUCUUCGAUUGGAAUCGGUCAGGUGUUGAAGUACCUGUGAAUCCAGAUCUUAUCCCCAAAACUCUGUUUUCAGCUUCAAUAGAAUGGAGUUCUUACAAGUCCUGGGAUAUAUAUACAAUAACUAUGAACUAUAUGAAACUACUCCUUGGUUUGCUUUAUGAAGGUGCUGGCGGAUUGUUGUUACACUGUGUUUCUGGAUGGGAUCGUACACCAUUGUUUAUUUGUCUUUUACGCUGUCUAUUAUGGGCAGAUGAUUUAAUGCAUUCUAGUCUCAAACCAAUUCAAAUGUUAUAUCUGACUUUGGGUUAUGAUUGGUUUUUAUUUGGUCAUAAAUUACAAACACGUAUGGAGUUGGGAGAAGAGAUAUUACGGUUUACAUUCCAGUUUAUCAGUGAAAUUGCUAAUUGUACAGAUUUAUCCCUGCGUAAAGUGUAUGACAUUCACGUUACAGCUGACUCUAAAAAUUCAGAUUCAGAUGAUUCACCGUUUAUUGACCUACGUUCUAGUGAUGAUUUACAACGUUUAAGACAAUCACGAUUGGAAGAGCUAUCCAAAUUAUUUUUUCAGUAUUGGAAUAAAGAACUAAGAGAGCAUGUAAAUCGGUUUAAUGUCAACAAUAAGAGCUCCGAUAUCAAUGAAUCUGUUACUUUGGAUAAAAACACACAAUCAGUAACAUGCAACACAAGAAAAUCAAUUUGUAAAGAUGACAUAAUCUCGGAAAGUUCAAAUAAUCCAGAAAAUAAAGAUGAAUCACUAAAAGAUGUAAAUUUUACGAAUAGAAAUCAGAGUAGUCGAUCUGGAAGUCAACAAUCAAUUGUUUACAAGCUGGCUAGUUAGUUAAUAAAUGAGAUAUCAAAUGUGCUGACUUCCGCUGUUUCAGUUGUCACCACGAAUUUAGUUUCAUCAAUAUUACCGUCGUCAUCUUCAUCUUCCUCCAAUUCAAAUAUUAACAGUAACAAUAAAACGAAAAUAAGAAAAGAUUCAGUUACAUAGAAGAAAGUUGCGCUUUUUGUUUCAGUACUAUUUCUAAAUUAUAUAUAUAUUUCUCUAACCACUGACAUAUGGUUUUUCGAAUGCAAAUUAUGAUAAUGAAGAUGUUUCAUGCAGAUAGAGUAAUCUAUGAUGAUUCCUUCUCAAAGAACGAAAAAUAAACUAUAUUAUAUACACAGAAUGCUGAUGAUUUGAUCAUUGUUUUUGAAUAACCUUAUUUUUGUUUUCCUGAAUAAUUUGUUAAUGUAGUUUUGUUUUUGCUUGUGUUCGUCAUCAUUCUUUGCGACUACAGAAUAUAAUGUUCAUUUAUUUAGCGCAUAUAUAUAUAUAUAUUCAUACAUAA